AUGGCGACGUCUAAUUUGUUAAAGAAUAAAGGUUCCCUUCAAUUUGAGGACAAAUGGGACUUUAUGAGACCUAUAGUUCUGAAACUUUUACGGCAGGAAUCCGUUACAAAACAGCAAUGGUUCGAUCUGUUCUCAGAUGUUCAUGCAGUUUGCCUGUGGGAUGACAAAGGUCCUGCGAAAAUUCAUCAGGCUUUAAAAGAAGACAUCCUUGAUUUUAUCAAGCAAGCUCAGGCCAGGGUAUUAAGCCAUCAAGAUGACACUGCUUUACUUAAAGCUUACAUAGUAGAGUGGCGCAAGUUCUUCACCCAGUGCGACAUCUUACCGAAGCCUUUUUGUCAACUAGAAAUCACUUUAAUGGGAAAGCAAGGCAGCAACAAAAAAUCCAAUGUAGAAGAUAGUAUUGUACGGAAGCUGAUGCUGGACACAUGGAAUGAAUCUAUUUUCUCUAAUAUAAAAAACCGACUUCAGGAUAGUGCAAUGAAAUUGGUCCAUGCCGAGCGUCUAGGAGAAGCUUUUGAUUCUCAACUUGUAAUAGGAGUGAGGGAAUCAUAUGUUAAUUUAUGUUCCAAUCCGGAAGACAAACUCCAGAUCUACAGGGACAAUUUUGAAAAAGCCUACUUGGAUUCAACAGAGAGGUUCUACCGAACACAGGCCCCUUCCUACCUGCAGCAGAAUGGUGUACAGAACUACAUGAAAUAUGCAGAUGCUAAACUAAAGGAAGAGGAGAACAGAGCACUUCGGUAUCUAGAGACACGACGGGAAUGUAACUCUGUGCAAGCGUUGAUGGAAUGUUGUGUGAAUGCUCUUGUGACGUCCUUCAAGGAGACCAUUUUAGCUGAAUGCCAAGGCAUGAUCAAGCGCAAUGAAACUGAAAAGCUGCAUUUAAUGUUUUCCCUCAUGGAUAAAGUCCCUAAUGGAAUAGAACCCAUGUUGAAAGACCUAGAAGAGCACAUUGUAAGUGCCGGCUUAGCUGACAUGGUGGCUGCUGCCGAAACCAUUACUACUGAUUCUGAAAAAUAUGUUGAACAGUUACUGACCCUGUUUAAUAGAUUUAGUAAACUAGUAAAAGAAGCCUUUCAAGAUGAUCCAAGGUUUCUUACUGCACGAGAUAAGGCAUACAAAGCUGUUGUAAAUGAUGCAGCAAUAUUCAAACUUGAAUUACCACUAAAGCAGAAAGGGGUGGGUCUGAAAACACAGCCAGAGUCGAAAUGCCCGGAGUUGCUCGCUAACUAUUGUGAUAUGUUGUUACGGAAAACACCACUCAGUAAGAAACUGACUUCUGAGGAAAUCGAGGCAAAGCUUAAGGAAGUGCUCUUGGUGCUAAAAUAUGUGCAGAACAAGGAUGUGUUCAUGAGGUACCACAAGGCUCACCUGACACGCCGCCUCAUUUUAGAUAUUUCUGCUGACAGUGAAAUAGAAGAGAACAUGGUGGAGUGGCUCAGGGAGGUGGGCAUGCCAGCUGAUUAUGUCAAUAAAUUAGCCAGAAUGUUCCAGGACAUCAAAGUAUCUGAAGACUUAAACCAAGCUUUCAAAGAAAUGCAUAAAAAUAAUAAAUUAGCCCUGCCAGCCGACUCUGCGAAUAUUAAAAUUUUGAAUGCCGGCGCUUGGUCUCGGAGCUCAGAAAAAGUGUUUGUGUCCCUUCCCACUGAGCUUGAGGACCUCAUUCCUGAAGUAGAGGAGUUUUACAAGAAAAACCACAGUGGCCGAAAGCUUCACUGGCACCAUCUUAUGUCCAAUGGCAUCAUAACGUUUAAGAAUGAGGUUGGUCAGUAUGACUUGGAAGUUACCACUUUCCAACUGGCAGUUUUGUUUGCUUGGAACCAAAGGCCGAGAGAAAAAAUCAGCUUUGAAAAUCUUAAACUGGCAACAGAGUUACCCGAUGCAGAGCUAAGGAGAACCUUGUGGUCUCUUGUAGCAUUUCCAAAGCUUAAACGACAAGUGUUAUCCUAUGAACCGACUGUAAAUUCUCCAAAAGACUUCACAGAAGGUACACUCUUCUCUGUAAAUCAGGAGUUCGGCCUAAUAAAAAAUGGAAAGGUUCAGAAACGGGGUAAGAUCAACUUAAUUGGCCGCUUGCAGCUGACCACAGAAAGGAUGCGCGAGGAAGAGAAUGAAGGCAUUGUGCAGCUACGGAUAUUAAGAACACAGGAGGCUAUCAUUCAAAUCAUGAAGAUGAGAAAGAAAAUCACUAAUGCCCAGCUCCAGACUGAACUUGUAGAAAUUUUAAAAAACAUGUUUUUGCCACAGAAGAAAAUGAUAAAAGAGCAAAUCGAAUGGCUCAUAGAACACAAGUACAUCCGGAGAGACGAAUGCGACAUUAACACCUUCUUAUACAUGGCGUAA